GCUCGAUGACAUGAUGUUCCUGUGCUUUUCCCUUCCCCCGUCCACCUCUCUUUUCCCCGUUUCCCUUCUAGUCCUCUUUUUCUUUCCUCCAUCCCCCGUCUCCUCUUCCCUUUCCCACACCCCGUUGAGCUGGACAUCACCUCAUGACCCCUGCUACUACCUGGACGGCCGCCCGCGACACUGCCUGUCGGAGUUUAUUAACGCGGCCUAUGGCGUCCCAGCCAAUGCUAGCCACUCGCUACAAGGGCUUGAUUUUGACAACAUCACCACCUUGACGGACCUGCACAACCCUCACAACCUCACAUGCUGGACGGCUCACAAAGGUCCUGACGCCGGAGAAUGGGUCCUCACGUUACCUCUGGGCCGCCGCUUUGAGAUCACCUACAUAAGUUUGCAGUUUUGCCAACAGGGGGAACCAUUGGACCCAAUCUCCAUCUCCAUACUCAAGUCGAUGGACUUUGGACGCACCUGGAGGCCGAUGCAGCAUUACUCCAGCGACUGCCAAAGAAACUUUGGGCUGCCUUCCCAAACAGUGGCCCAGGCAAGACACCAAGAAACAGAGCCCCUGUGCUCAGACCCUCGCCCCCUACAAAAGCAGAGGGGCGGCAUGGUGUUGGCCUUCUCCACACUGGAUGGACGACCAUCCUCUCCUGAUUUUGACCACAGCCACACCCUCCAGGACUGGGUGACAGCCACGGACAUCCGUGUGGUCUUUCACCAGGUGUCCAUAGAAGCCAAGGUAGGCAACUCGGACAAGAAAGAGGAAGCACGAUGGUGGGAUGGUGCAGUAGAUGACAGAGGGACUGGGCUUCUGAGGUGGAGAUCAGGCUCCAAGGGGAACACCAGAGAUCAGGUGGACAAGUUAAACACAGAUAAUACACUGGCAUUAAGGCGGAAGAACAAAGGGGAGAAAGUGGACAAAUAUAGAAGGAAGGGUAAUUAUAAAGGGUCAGGUCAAGACGAAGAUGGACACAAUGUGACUAGCAAAGAGAGGGGUGAUAGUUAUGGCACCGACACACCUGCUUCCCCAAAGAAAGGCAGUAAAGCCAGAGGGCGGGGCCGCAAGAAGGAAAACAAUCAUUGGCCCUCUUGUCCCAAUGGAGGUUGUAAUUGGACAGUUGAGGGGCGGAGCAGGAACAACAAGGGGCGGGAACUGAGGAAGAGGAGAAACAACAAUCCCAACACAAAACAAAGCUCAAGGAAUCUGCAAGUGGCCCCACCCUCUGCUGUCCGAGCUCCUCUUUCCCUCUCAGAUCUGCAAGUUGGUGGCAGGUGCAAAUGUAACGGACACGCUUCCAAGUGUCGCCGUGAUGACACAGGCCAGGCAGUGUGCAUAUGUGAGCAUCACACAGCUGGGUCAGACUGUGAUGUGUGCGAGGGUUUCUACUGUGACAGACCGUGGCAUCGAGCUACGCCCACACACCCAAACCCCUGUGUUGCAUGUGAGUGUAACGGCCACUCAAACAAGUGCCGCUUCAGCAUGGAGGUGUUUCAGCAGUCGGGCCGGCGGAGCGGAGGUGUGUGUCAGAAGUGUCGCCACAACACGGCCGGACGUCAUUGCCAGUACUGCCAGAACGGAUACACCCGGGACCGCAGCAAGCCGCAGAACCACCGCAAGGCCUGCCAACCCUGUCAGUGCCAUCCUUUGGGAGCAGUGGGACGCUGGUGUAACCAGACAUCAGGUCAGUGCCUGUGUCGAGAAGGGGUGACCGGCCUCAGGUGUAACCGCUGUGCUCCGGGUUAUAAACAGGGCAAGUCCCCUCUGCGGCCCUGCAUACGAAUUCAAGAAGUUGCUCCAACCCCAAUCUAUCAACCUCAGUACAGCAUAGCGGAGGAGUGUGUUUCAUACUGCCAGCCUUCUCAGGUUAAAGUCAGGAUGAACUUGGAGACCUAUUGUCUCAAGGACUUUGUGUUGAAGGUGCAGGUGAGAGAGAUGGAGCGUUCAGGUCCGUGGUGGCAGUUCUCCAUCUUAGUCCAAACUGUCUUCCGCACGGGGUCCAACUCGCGCGUCCGCAGGGGCUCCCAGUCCCUCUGGGUCCCCGACCGCGACCUUGGUUGCGGCUGCCCAUCCCUCCACGUGGGUCGGACCUUCCUCCUGAUUGGUGCAGAGGAGGGUGAGCGGGGCUGGGGCCCUGAGGAGAGGCGGCUGGUGGCAGACCGCUCCACUAUGGCCCUCCAGUGGCGGGAACACUGGAGCCCCAAGCUGAGGGGCUUCCGUGGGCAGGACAAGAAGGGCAGUUGCCCACCAAAAUCCCCCAACAAUCACCAGCACCCCCAUCACAGAAAGCCCCAGUCUGGGUACAUCCCCCCACACCUGCUACACGAGAAACACACCGAGCCUCACAGUGUGGACACACACUCUGUGAAAGUGGAGGACACUCAAACCUUAGUGGCGCCACACACACACUCUCACACAGAGGCAGAGGUUAAAGCCACAACACCCGCUCUGGUUUGCUCUUCUCAAGCUCCUGGUUGAAAAACAAAAAACACAAAGAGACCAAGGAGAAGAAAAGUGCUCUUGUCAGACUUCGUUUUAUAGUUUUUUCCAAAAGGUUUCAGGAGGAACAGGCGUGACUUUUCUUCGGAGAAACUCCACAACUCACAAAAAGCAUACACACCAUUUAUGUAAUAUUUAAAUGCUUAUGUAAAGAUGUAAAGAAACACACAUUUCCUCAUCUAAAGUAGUUGUUCAUAUGUGGGUUUUUUGGAGGGUAAAGGUCAACUUUCUGCAGCAAAUCUCACAGCUGAUGAAAAAAUAUAUAAAAAUUCCACCAACAGAAUUGGUGGUAUGAAAUAUUAGUGUAGAAAUUUAUUUUCUUCUAAAGAACCUUUCAAAGUUUUAAUUGUGACUGAAAUGCAAUGCAGUAUUUUUGUCUCAUACAGACUUUUUAAAUAGUUUGAAUCAUAUUUAUUCUUGAAACACUACAAACAAGGGUAAACUACAGUAAAAAGAAAACAACAUAAGAUACCCACCAAGUCUUACAUUUUUAAAUAAAUUAAAAAAAGGAGAGUGGCCAUGUUGUUUUUUAUUUUUUGAUUACUAUUUUGCCAAUAAUACUUUAUUAUCCAUCCAUCUUUGUCCGCUUAUCCUGUGUCAGGUCACAGGGGUAGCAGCUCCAGCAGAAAAUACAAUACAAUACAACAAAAUUAUAUUACAUGUAUUAAAUUGCAAAAAUAUCCACAUUAAAUAGCUUAAAACUGGCAAAACAUGUACAGAACCAAUUUAUUUACAAUUAAAUUUUAGUGUAGUCACGGUGCAUCCUGUCAAUCUAAAUUUGAAACACAGGAUAUUGUGCCGGUAAUUUGUGAACUAAUAAUGGUGUCAAAUUCCUAAAAAACAUUUUUAUCAGGGACAAUUGUAUUAUGUCCAAAAGUCAAAUUACUUUCUAAUGCAGUGUUGCAUUUUUUCUUCACAUUUUUUCAGUAGUAGUAGUAAUUAAGCUCCAGUUCACUGACUUUAACACACACACACACACACACACACACACACACACACACACUUACCUAUGCACGCACACACAGAAACACACACACCUACCUCAUCUUUGAUUUGGCUUAGUCAAAAGUCAUCUGGUAGCCAGCCACUACAUUAUUUGGGGAAAUUAACACAAUCUACAAUCUGCUCCUUCGUUGAACAGCUGACACAGAGACCAAACUAACUUCAGCCUUAUUUUCUAACCAUAUAGGAAUCCUCAGAUAGACUCUUAGGAGCCCAGAUAUGGAUCUAAAAAGCAUCGGUCUGAUCUGUCGUCAUGACUUCUGUUUCCUUUUGGGAGAAAUAGCGUCAUAACCCAGGGGAACUGAUGGUGUGUGUGUGUGUGUGUGUGUGUG